AUCUUGUAGCAGCCUUAGAAGUGUUUGCCAAGAAGUGCAUGGAAACCAUGGAGAGAAUACGCUCCAAGGAAAGCAUACAGGACAUUCCUCUCAUAAAGGAGGAGUUUGAAAGGUGUUGCACACUAGUGUCUCUUUGUGAGGAUCAGAGUCCAAGAGAGGAGGACAUGGCAGAGGUUGUACAGCGGGAGAUGGAGGCAAUGGACUUGGCCAUUAGAGAUGCUGUUGAUAAGUUUACUCGACUCCUAGAGAACUCCAGAGCAAAUGACACUGGAAUGCAGCUUGAGGUCAAUGAAAGUAUCCUGGGAACCUGCAGUGAUCUCAUGGCAGCAGUAAGACAGUUAGUCGUAAGGGCGUCAGAUUUGCAGAGAGAGAUUGUUGCUGCUGGGAAAGGGGGAGCCUCACCUCGAGAGUUCUACAAACGCAACCACCGCUGGACGGAGGGCCUUCUCUCGGGUGCUAAGGCUGUUGCAAUUGCCUGCCAGGCUCUUAUGUCUGCUGCUGAUCAAGUUGUAAGUGGAAAAGGAAAGUUUGAGGAAGUCAUUGUGGCAUCACGUGAGAUUGCUGCUUCUUCUAUGCAGCUGGUCAUGGCUUCAAGGGUGAAGGCUGAUAAGUCUAGCCAGAAAAUGGCUGACCUCAGUACUACUGCCAAGCAAAUUUCAACUUUGACAGGAACAGUGGUGGCAACUGCUGAAAACUGUAGAGACAAGAUUUCUACUGCUUCAACCCUAGAUUUUUCCAAAUUGAGCUUGCACUCGGCAAAACGCUUGGAAAUGGAAACCCUAGUGAAGAUGCUGGAGACAGAGAAGCAGCUGGAGAAUGAGCGGACUAAGCUAGCAGAACUACGCAGACACCAUUAUAAGCUUGCUGGAGAGCUUGAAGGAUGGGAUGAAGAGGAUAUCCCAAAAUAGGAGGCUGAAGUGAUGACUUCUAGGUAGAGCUAUAAUGUAAAAGAGACUAUUUUGUAUACUGAAUAUU